GUCCCUUGUCAACUUCAGUUAAGUUAAAAAAAGGAUUUUUGUUGUCCCUCAAAAUUUGUUGUUAACUUUUACCCAAAUUAAACAAUUUAAUUCAUGACUUCCGGCAAGGAUACGAUGGGUGAACAACCAAUCUUCACUUGUAAGGCCCACGUAUUUCACAUUGAUCCGAAAACAAAAAGAUCAUGGAUGCCAGCCUCGAGUACGGCGGUGAGCGUGUCAUUUUUUUAUGAUUCCUCCCGUAGCCUGUACAGAAUUAUCAGCGUCGAAGGGCAAAAAGCCGUUAUAAAUAGCACAGUCACUCCUAAUAUGACUUUUACGAAAACCUCUCAAAAAUUCGGUCAAUGGUCAGACGUUAGGGCCAACACAGUGUACGGUUUGGGGUUCUCCUCUGAAGCCGAGCUACAAAAAUUUAUCGAUAAAUUUAAUGAAGUCAAAGAAGCCACUCGUACAGCAAUAAGCAAAGUCACGGCCAACGGAGGCUCAGCUGUGACACCCGUAACCAGCGCAAACGCUAGUCCAAUCAAUGCCAGAGCUGCAGCGACACAAGAUAAUGCCGCGGACAAUUUACUCGAGCCACCAGGCUUUAAUUUACUAGGUAAUGCUGCACUCCCAACUGCGAAUUCCAAAGAUUCGGACGAAUCUAGUCACAGUGGACGCACUCACUCGUUAUCUGGCUUACAGGGAUCGGAAAGCCCCAGUCAUCAAGGUAAAAUGGACAAAGGGGGCAGCUACGGUGGCGCUGGAACUACUAAUAAUUCUAAUGAAAUGCAAUUGAAGUACGAGAAUGAUAGACUGAAGCUCGCUUUAGCACAAAGUUCGGCUAAUGCGAAAAAAUGGGAAAUAGAAUUGACAACGUUGAAAAGCAACAAUGCCCGGCUCACCAGCGCCCUGCAAGAGAGCACUGCCAACGUCGAAGAGUGGAAACGACAGCUCGCGAGCCUGAAAGAGGAAAAUAUGCGAAUGAAAGCCAAGUAUCAAAACGAUUUGGAAAACAGUAAAGGCGGUGGCGACAUUGGAGACGAACUAAGAAAAGAAAUUCAAUCUUUACGAAUCAAAGUCGAUCAGUUGGAGCAACAGUUGCAGGGCAAAAAUGAGGAAAUUAAAAAGUUGAAUUUGGGAGGACGUUUGCCUGAUAUACAAGUUCUUCAAAAAGAAAAUCAAGAAUUACAAGCGACAGUGAAAUUGGCUCAAUCCGAAUUGGACAUAGCACUGAGCGCACACGAAUCUCAAAAACAAAUAAUUUUGACUUUAAAUCAGCAAUUUGCCGGACGCAUACACGAACUUGCCACCAUACACGACGAACUGACCACAGCCCUACAGACAUGAAACCCCGUCAUCUGGAGGGGCACGGAAACAAAUAAUUACUUGUCUCACUAUGGGUAAAUAUUUAAUUUAUUUGUUAUUUAAUAAUUAUUAAUGAUAAUAAUAAUGUCGCUGUGAAUAAUGGCUUCAAUUUGUUUUUUCUUCGGAACUACGAUUGCAGUUUACUCGAUUACAGCAAGCCAAUGUUUAGGUUAAAGUGGGCUUACAUCCACGAUUGGGUGGGCCCGAAUUUAACAACGAUCAAGUGUAUUUAAUGAUUAUUCUAUCUUUGAAUUUGGCCCACCCAAAAUUUACACUGUGGUUCAAUUUGAAUGACUACAUUUUUUGAUCUUUAAUGUAUGUCCAAUGACUUUUUGUAAAAGGUAGAUGUACUGUGCCAAUUUGAGCCACAGUGUACAUAUUUAUAAAAAAAUGUGAGAAUUAAUAAUUUUUAAGUCUUAAGUUUUUUUUUUUUUUUUUCGCAUUUAGAAUUAAGGAGAUUUUUUAUAGAAUUUUUUAUUAUAUUAGGCUUUUUUUUGUUGGAUUCUCUAUGUAUAUUUUAUAAGAUUCUGAACCCUCUGAAUUUAUGCUAUAUUAGCAUUUGUUAUUCUUCCAAAAAUUGUAUUGUUUAUUUAUAAAAAAUAGCACCAUGACAAUAUUAUUAUAUUAUUUCCUCUCCCGAACCCUUACAAUAAUACGACCUUUGUAAUUAACUUAGUAAACAAAUUCAUUACACAGGGUGUAUAAAAGUGUCUAAAGAGCACAAAAUGCAGAUAAUUUAUUUAUGUUUUUGAGAGAUUUAGGACUGAUUUGUUUCAAAAUUAUUAAUUUAGAACAUAUCACAAAGUACAUCGAAAGCAAUUACAAAAUUCCGACUGUCAUUUUCAAAAGCAAGCUCAUUCAGUCCUAAAUUUUUCUCGAUUAUAUUAUUUGUUUUACUAUUAUAAUUUUUAUUUUGUACAUUUAUUAAAAUAAGAUGCCAUAUACAUAAAAUGUAUUUAAAAAAAAUAUUCCCGUCUUUAUUAGUAGAAACUUUUCGGUUUGUUAAAAAGCGCAUACACUAUAUCAUUGUAGUGCACCUGUUAAAAGCAAAAACAACUAAUUCAAUAAAUGAAAAAUAUACAAUUUUUACAAAAAAACCUCAUUUUAUUUAACUCUUAAUCUAAAAUCUCGUACUGAACAAUGCAAUCGAUCAACCAUUUUGAACUUUUAUGUUGGAGCACGUCCAUUUUGUACAUCAACUC